AUGGAGUCGCAAGAAGAGAGACGUAGGAAACAGAUACGACUGGCACAGCGAGCUUAUCGACAACGAGAAAAGGGUGUCGUAUCUCACCAGCAAAGCCGAAUUACGGACUUGGAAACGGUCAUCGAGAGAAUGUCUCUAUCAAUCAACUCUCUCGGUGCCAACUUGAAGCAAAGUGACGUGCUGAUCUCACAUGCUGAACUGGGGAAACAGUUGAGUGAUUGCUUGGCUAGUUGCAGAUCGUUGGUUUCCGAAGCUGGUCUUCCCGUUCAUGAACAAUCUAUUACGCCGCCCAAUGACUACUAUGAGCCUGCCUUUCAUGAUACAACGCAAGAUUCAUCAUCACUUCCCGCCAUGUCGACCGAUGACAACCCUCGGCCUCUGUCUCCUCUUCCGUCUCCUUUCACUAUUUUCCGAGACAAGGCCCCGUCUUCACCCAUCGACCAUGAUCUUUCACACUUCCUCGAUCAAAUAAAAGAUACCAGUGACUCCGGAUUGGACCUUUCGCAAUUUAUCCAGCAACUUCGCUUAGCGUGCGUCUACCAUGCCGUCGUCUCACUCCGCGACCCUAGUGUGACAUUGGAAAAUCUUCGUCGUAAAUUCCGUUUUCUCCUAAGCCUCUUGAAUCGAGAAGACCUUCUUUCCUAUUUCGAGGAUUGCUUGGCUGCCAAACGACAUCCAGAGCGUAUGGUCAAAUGGGACGAACUUCCAUUCUUCGGUGUUGGUGGAGCGGGAAAACAUUUCGUUUCAUCGCCAUCGCCGACAUAUCAAAGCCUCCGCGCUAUAUGGGAUACUAGCUCGUCUGAUUAUACCUCUGGUAGCCAGGAUCUCUUGGAUGGGGAGUGGUAUGAUUCAACCGAUCUAGAAAGACUUCUUGACAUCCGCGGCAUACAGUUAUAUAUUGAAGCAGCUUCGGUAAAUGAACUGAACUCGACAAGAUUGCGUGUAGUGAAUGCGUCGGAACUUCUCAACAGUAAGCCCAAGUUCUCAAGUUCUUUGACGUUUUGA